AUGGAUGACAGAUGGGUGCACAACAAAACCAACACCGCCUACAUUCCGCGACGGAACCUUCUCUCCACGAAUGAUGAGUGUACCGUCAUUCAUCUGUCGUACGUCGCUCCUUCUGCACUUGGUCUCCUGCAGAGCAAUCACGUGAAAUUUGAUAUGCUCUGCAGCUACGAGAAAGGCAUGCAGCUAGGCUUCCGAUUCCGAGAAGUCGGAAUGUCGGAUGUGUCGAACUCCUUCUCAGCUUGGGAGACCCUGCCGGAGGACGAACCUCCGCUGUGCAUCGCAGUUCGACGCCCAGUGUCACCUCCACGCCACUAUGAGGCGGUUUAUGCCACUGCCACUUAUCCCACCUACCCGAAUUCAGGAGGUGGUAUCACAGUUGAGUCACGUACAGUUGUUAGAGAAGGUGGCGAACAACAGGUUGAAAUGACCGAGCAUCCGGUGUUCACUUGGGUUGAGAACGUCUGCGUCAUCUAUUUCUCAAUGGAAUAUAUGUUACGUUUUCUAGUCGCUCCUAGAAAAUUGGCAUUCGCUCGUCAGUUUCUCAACGUUAUUGAUCUUCUCUCGAUUGCACCUUUCUAUUUCGAGAUGCUACUAUGGCUGUGCGGAAUAUCAGGCGAGAAUGUCCGUAAAGUACGUUGGGCUUUCCUGACGGUCCGACUGUUGCGAGUUUUACGAGUGAUUCGGAUAGCUAAACUUGGUCGAUUCUCACCUGGUUUGGCAAAUUUUGCUCUCACCAUACGAAAAUCCAAGAAGCAAAUGCAAAUGGUGGGUGUGGUGAUGAUCACCGUUGUAAUCUUCUUUUCCACUUUGAUCUACUUCCUUGAAAGAGACGAACAGGACACGAAGUUUACCAGCAUACCAGCCACAUUCUGGUGGUGUGUUGUAACGAUGGCCACUGUGGGAUACGGUGACUUGGUGCCUAUUACAGUGGCUGGAAAACUAGUUGGAAGCGGUGCAAUAGUAUGUGGAGUGAUGGUGCUUGCACUGCCAAUUACUAUAAUGGUCAACAACUUUAUGCAAGUGGUGAAAUUGAGAGAAGAGAAAAUUGUCAAGAAAUACGCUCAACAGCAUGGAGACCACGUUUGA